AUGUGUAGCUCGCACCACACGGCAAGCGGUAGUGAUCAACCUUCGCCGGAGAGACCAGGUUGGCCAUGUCAUCCCACCACCUCCAAGAUUGCCGCGGACACGGCGAGCGGGCAGCACAUCCUCAAGAUCGAGGGCUACUCCGGCACCAAGUUCCUCUCCAAUGGGUGCUCCAUCAAGUCUCCCCCUUUCACCGCUGCUGGCCACCGCUGGAGCAUCGAAUACUACCCGAGCGGUAAAGAUCGGGUCUACAAGGCUUGCAUCUCUCUCUACCUCGUCCUGGAGGAGGACGUGACCAGGCCGGUGAAGGCGCUGGUCCAGUUCGGGUUUGCGGCGGAGGAGCGUCGCCACCUCGUGCCGUUCUUCCCCAAGAAGAGCAAGACGCCAGCGCCGCUGUUCAAGUCAGGCGAGCUGGAUUUCUUCAGCCAUGGCGCCAAGGGAUGCGACAAGUUCAUUGAGAGGAGUGCCCUGGAGAAAUCGAAGAAUCUGAGGGACGAUUCUUACUGA